AUGAUCGAAAUUGACCCUACCCCCGCCCUAGAGGCAAGCUCGGCGCCCUCUUUUCCGGCUUUGCCUGCAUCUGCGACACAAUCUGCUCUGAAAUCGGAGACAAGGCGUAUACCAAUACCUCCGCAUCGCAUGACACCCAUAAAAAAGGACUGGAUAAAUAUUUUCAGUCCUCUCACCGAGAUCCUUGGGCUACAAGUGCGAAUGAAUGUUCAGAGGCGGUGUUUAGAAAUUAGAACAUCAAAAGCUACCACAGAAAUCGGUGCUUUGCAGAAAGGAGCUGAUUUUGUGAAGGCAUAUGCUCUUGGAUUUGACGUCAACGACGCGAUAGCACUUCUACGAAUGGACGAUCUUUACCUCGACUCAUUUGAGAUUAAAGACGUAAAAACACUUCAUGGCGAUCAUCUUAGCAGAGCAAUCGGACGGAUAGCGGGACAGGACGGCAAAACCAAGUUCACAAUCGAGAACACUAGCCGGACUCGUAUCGUGCUCGCUGACACGAAAAUCCACAUCAUGGGCUCCUUCCAAAACAUCAAAAUUGCGCGCGAUGCAAUCGUCUCUUUAAUCUUGGGCUCACCACCCGGAAAAGUUUAUGCCGGACUUAGGACUGUUAGCAGUCGUAUGAAGCAGCGGGCACUGUAA